UAUAAUAAGCUUUACUAUAUUUUACCAUAACACUUCUGCUUUAAUAGGUUUUUAGGUUCUAUGUAUAAUAGGUUUUAUGUAUAACAGAUUUUCAGAAUUUAGCAUUUUUAUUUUAUUAAAAUAAUAGCACAUCUUUAUUUUUUUUAUCACGUCACAUUUCGGGGAAACAGGGUGGUAGAAACUAGUUCCUACAGACACACUGUGAGUUUUGGCGUUUUUGAAAACUCUUUUCUUAUUACUGAAAAAGCAAUGUUUGAGGGUGUGCCCUUUCCGGUUAUCUGUUUGGUGGUCUUUCUUCACCAAGGAAUCAGGGGUGAGGAUGUAAGGACCGUUACAGGCUACCUCGGCGAGUCAGUUGACUUGCGGGCGGAUGCUGAUCCCUCAUGGAAUCUUAAUGAAAUUAGUUGGUCUAUCUAUGAGAACGACACAUCUAUUGCAAUUUCACAAAGCAACAAAAAGAAUGUUGACCGUUUUUACUUAUUCACUGGACGCCUUGAGCUGAACACAACUUCAGGAGAUUUAACAAUUAAAAACUUAUCAUUCAUUCAUGCUUUAAAAUACACAGUAGAACUGAUAGGCAAAGGACCCAGUCAAAGGAGGACCAGAUAUUUUGACCUUUCUGUUCAGGUACGACUCAUUAAACCAAGCAUACGUCUACGCCACAGUAUUCUGGAUUCAGGAUACUGUGUGAUCUCGCUUGGCUGUGUUUCAACGAACAAUACAGUUUCUCUGUCUUGGGAAUCCAAGCCUGGCUUCAAUGAGCCCUUCUGGAGUGGCCAGCAGGGACAGGCUGGAGAAUCAGUGUUGUGGACAGCUUUCACACCCAACCGAGUAGUAACUUUCACCUGCAUUGCUGUUGGUGGCAGUCAAAGAGAAUUAAGAGAAAAGAAUGUAACAUGUCAAGAGCCAGAACCUCAAGGAAAUAACACUCAGCCUGGACCCACUGUAUUAAUAUGUGAAAGAUUAAGAAUCGGAAUCUGUUUUACUUUUUUACUAUUUAUUGUUAUUGGAUUCAAUGUUGCACUGGUGAUAAUAUAUAAAAACCAGGGUGGAGGGAAUGAACCAGAUGACAGCACCCCAGCUCAAGAAAAUGUUCAACUGGAUGCUUCUGCUUCUCUCACCAAUACAAAUUCCUUGUGAAAAAUGGGAUGCUGGUAAUGGUUUUCACGUGACCCUCUAAGGAAAGAGUCAAUAAUCACGCUGGAGUCUUUGACUGCUGUACACAUGGAGAUGGAAUACAUACAUGUAUGCUACAUCUGAAAGUUUACUUCUAGCUGCAUGUGGUACUAGAAAAACUAUGAGAUUAUGAUCAUGGUGAUAAAAGCUACAGUAAGAACAAGCUACACAAGUAAGGAGACACAACCCUGAUAACAUGCAGGUAAUUUACCAGUUUGACCAGUGCUGCCUCUGUGCCAUGGUGAGGCCUAAAUCCUGACUGAUAGAUUUCAUAAAUGUUGUUCUCUGUAGUUGAGUGUAACUGUUGUGUUACAACCCUUUCAAGAAUCUUGGAGAUAAAGGGGAGGUUUGAUAUUGGCCUACAGUUGGACAGCUAAAGGAGAGCAGGAAGUCAUGCUAUUGUAUAUGCAGUUAACAUUGUCUUGCUCAAAUAUGCAAUGUUUUUUGAACUGAGCACUGAUAACAAAGCCAGAUGGUCCCUCUCCGCUUUAGCCAGGAGUAUGUGGUGUCCAUGGUUUCUAAAAAGAAAGGUAAAUUUCGAUUCGUCUUCACCUCAGUACAUUUUAAAUUAACUUUGCCUCCUUUACAUGAUAGAAUUUAACCUGUAUUUGUGGCUGACAUAGAAAACUGUGUUCACAGACAAUGAUUUCUGGAGGUGAUAAUGAGCCCACACAAUAAAUUGCAUUACAGAAGCAUGACUGUUUUAAAUGCUGUGCCUCCUGAUCACAGGAGGAUCACAGGCAUACAGUAUUGAUUUUCUGUCUUGUCCAUUGUGCAGAGAUUUCUACAAAUUCUUUGAAAUUUUGGAUGAUAUUAUGUUCUAUAAAUGAUGUAAUAUUGAAUUUAUUGGCAUUUUAUGUUGAAAAAUAUUAUUCUGAAACUUUUUCAGAAUUUGUAAACAGUCUUUCUCAGAUUCGUGAAGCUCUGCAUAUCUUUACUCCUGAGAGACCCUACUUCUCUAAAAUACACUUUUUAUACCCAAUCAUCUUAUUAUGCAGUUGUUAAUUAACCUCAUUAGUUGCAAAUGUUUCUCCUACUGUUUAAUUUUAUUUUCUAGACUUUUUUGCUCUGUCCCAACAAAAGAUGCUUAAAAGUUAUUUUUGUCAAAAUAUUUUGUGUAUUCGGAAUUGUUAUUUCUAAUAUAUUAUGAUGAAGUAGGAUAUUUAUGAGGAGUUAUUAUUAUUAUUAUUAAUAUUUGUUAGAACAUUUUUUGUAGUUUUGCUCAAUUGGCAUUGAACUGUGUCUAAUCUAUUGGAUUCCCCCUGACUGGAAAACAACAAUGGUAGGUAACAUGGUCUCUUUGUCAAACGUUUGUCUUUUGGGUUACAUUGCAUGUCAUUCAGCCCAUGUUGUGCUGUCCAUUUGUAUCCAGUUCUUGUUUGUUUUGUUUCAAGUAAAUAAAAUGUUUAUACUAACAGAAAACAAUUAGCAAGCCAGUCAGCAUCUGCUAUCAACUAAGAGGACCUCAUACAGAGGAACAGCUUGAUGUAAGAACAACAGGAAAAGGUGGCUGACCAUGAUAAAACCAUCUUCCAUGUCUUUACUUUGCCAUUGCUCCAUCUCAAUUCUUUGCUUUGGGUGCCACAUUAAGAAAGUUUUCUGUCAAGAAAAAUCCAAUGGACAUUACGAAAUAUAGUGUCACGUCUAUGGUCCAACGUGUCAAUUACUGUAUUGUACAGUAUACUGUGU